AUGGCUGCGGUAGCGACAGGAGUGAAUAACGCGAUCUCCAACGGGCCUGAACUCGGUGAAGUGAAAAUUGAAAAAGUAGAACAGAUCAACACGAAUGAUCAGAACUUUAACUGGAAAAUUGCGACGACGGCGCCGACCUUUGUCGACGCCAACACGUUAAAUGCGACGACAAACGUAACAGAAAAUAACACAGCAUCGGAGAACAGUGUGGUAGUCUCUAAUACUCAAAUCGAUGGUUCAACUUUGAAGCUCGUUGGUUUGCCAUUGAAGACGCAAAUUAUGCCUGGACCCUACUCCGAAGUGCAACUGCCGAAAAAGGAGAAUCACGUUAAACGGCCGAUGAAUUCAUUCAUGGUUUGGGCACAAUCUGCGAGGAGAAAACUAGCCGAGCAGUAUCCUCAUGUACACAACGCUGAGCUGAGUAAAAUGCUGGGAAAACUAUGGCGAAUGCUUCCUGCGGCUGAAAAACAACCCUACGUUGACGAAGCGGCGAGAUUAGAUAAAAGGCACAAAGAGGAAUUCCCCGACUAUAAAUAUCGACCGAGAAGAAGGCAAAAAUCGAUGAAACGACCGUACGUUCAGGCACGAGUGGCAGUGACUCCGGGCUGGGCUACAAGCGGCCAAGCGCAAACUCCGAUUGCAAUGAAUGGGACGGCAGCAAUCGCUACCCAGAACGGCACGUUUCCACAAGCAGUUUUACCGCAAAAUUCCCAAGUAGCUCAAGUUUUUCAGCAAGGAAUACAGCCAGUUCAAGCGGUGAAUACCGCUGGCACUGUAACUUACGCCCCAAUCGGGAGCGUGGGAUAUGUACCAACGACACCUAUCCCGGGAGGUAGUAUGAUUUUACGACCGACUUUUGUUACUACGGCUGUAACGAACCCUACAUCCAUCCAGUCAGCAGCUACUGUAGCAGUACAGGCGGUGAGAAGUACUGUGGCAACAACAUUUCCUACUCCAAGUUAUGCCAUCCCUCUCACCCAGUACGCGGGUGCUCCAAUUAUUGUUUCGAGCGGUGUCAAUAAUUUGGUUAACGCCGCUGAAAACACAAACAAUACAUCAGAGAAAAGUUCUGAAACUGCAGCUCUAACUACUAUCACUAUCCCUGCCUCCAUAGCUGGCUCUGUGGGUACUAAUUUGGCGACUAUCACUGCUGCUGGACUUGUGGCCGCUAACCCGGAUGGCUCAUCACAACAACCCAAGAACAAUGAAAGCCAACCCGAUGUACAAAACAGUUCCGCUUUAACCGUAGCUGUCUCAGAAACCGCAGAGACACAAACUGAACGUUCAACUGCAGAUCGUUCGCAGAGUAUUGAAGUGAAAACCGCUGAAGGCUGCCGUAUUUAA